UGUUUGUUCAUCACUUUCCCUCAUCAGCUAAAUUUUUUUUCCAAAAUGAAAACUUUGCUGCGUUACUUGUUCCUCCUCUGCUUCAAUAUCCUCCUCCCUGCAGUUCACAGCCAGUGUAUUAAAGACCAGCAACAAUCGUUGCUCCAUUUGAAGAAAAGCCUUCAAUUUGAUCAACGUUCAUACUCCUCAACCAAGGUUAUAUCUUGGGAUUCAAGCACCGACUGUUGUUCUUGGGUUGGUGUUAAUUGCACUAGUAAUGGGCAUGUUGUUGGUCUUGACCUUAGCAGUGAAACUAUCUCUGGUGGCAUCGACAAUGCGAGCAGUCUCUUCCAUCUUCAACAUCUUCAAAGACUCAAUCUGGCUGAUAAUUAUUUUGGCUAUGGCACUCGCAUUCCAUCAGCAAUCGGAAAGCUUGUGAACUUGAGGUAUCUGAAUUUAUCAUAUAAUAAUGGUUACUCCGGGAAAAUUCCCAUUGAGAUUUCACGCUUGACAAGGUUGGUUGUCCUUGAUAUUUCCCAGUCAGUCUACCACCUUGAGGCCCCGAAUAUAAGCAUCCUCUUUCAGAACCUCACACAGCUGGCAGAGCUGUAUUUCGACCAAGUAGAUUUGUCAGCAGUGGGGGCUGACUGGUCCCAAGCGAUAUCAUCUUCACUGCCAAACCUGAGGGUGCUGAGCUUGUCCUAUUGUCAUCUUUCUGGUCCUAUUGAUCAGUCUCUUGCUAAGCUUCAGUCUCUCUCUGUUAUUGGAUUGGGUGGUAACGAAAUCUCCGGUCCAAUUCCAGGAUUCUUUGCCAAUUUUUCAAAGUUGACUUCCUUGACGCUCAGUGGUUGUCGGUUGAAUGGAACAUUUCCCAACGAGAUCUUUCAGGUACCUACUCUAGAAACUAUUUAUCUUGGGAGUAAUUACGAACUUGGUGGUUCCUUGCCAGAAUUUCCCAAGAAUAAUGGAUCUCUUCGGUCCUUGAUUCUACGCCAGACAAACUUUUCAGGGUCACUGCCUGAAUCAAUUGGCAACCUCAAAAUGUUGUCCAUGAUAAAUCUUUCAAAUUGCAGUUUCCAUGGAUCAAUCCCCUCGUCGCUCUUUUCUCUUCCCUUAUUGUCACAACUAAACCUUUCCCACAAUCAAUUCUCUGGUGAACUUGCAUUUUCUAAUGUUUCUUCCAACUUAGUUACCCUUGAUUUAAGCUUCAACAAUUUGGAAGGACAAAUGCCUGUGUCUAUCUUUAAUUUUCGAGGCCUUGAAUCACUUCGUCUUUCUUCCAACAAUUUCAGUGCCUUUCCGUUCAAUGGCCCUCAACAGCUGAAAAAUCUUACAUACAUUGACCUUUCGUACAAUAGCUUGCUGAGUUUAUACAAUGGUACUGAUUCCUCAUAUUCCUCAUUUCCUCAACUUGCUUUCUUGUAUUUGGCUUCUAACAAAUUGAGAACAAUCCCAUAUUUCUUGAGAAAUCAAUCCACGUUAUCCAGUGUGGACCUUUCAGAAAACCAUAUCCAAGGCAAGAUACCCGAUUGGAUUUGGAGUGCCAAUCUACUUUAUACCCUAAAUCUUUCUUGUAACUACUUGGUAGCACUAGAAGCUCCUUUAUUUCAUUCUACAGUGGAAACUCUUGACCUUCAUUCAAACCAACUCCAGGGGAAAAUCCCAAUUUUCCUACCAUAUGCCAAGUAUCUGGAUUACUCGAGAAAUAAUUUCAGCUCUAUACCAUCGAACAUUGGUAAUAUCCUCACAAACACAUUGUUCUUCUCUCUUUCAAUCAAUAACUUGCAUGGGCUCAUUCCAGCAUCAAUAUGCAAUGCCUUAUAUCUUCAGAUUCUUAAUCUAUCCAACAAUUCUCUGACUGGCAUGAUUCCCCAAUGCUUGACUGCAAUGCGUGAUCUGAGUGUACUUAACUUAGCGAGAAACAACCUCACUGGAUCUAUUUCUAAUGUUGAAGUUACUGAAGAUAGUUCAUUGCAAAUUCUAGAGAUCGGUGGGAAUCAGUUAGGUGGCAAGGUUCCAAAAUCUCUAGCUAAAUGCACUAUGUUGGAGGUUUUAAACAUUGGAAACAAUAAUAUAACAGAUAGCUUCCCAUGCUUGUUGAAGAACAUUUCCACCUUGCGUGUCCUUAUUUUGCGCUCAAACAACUUUUAUGGAGGCAUUGAAUGUCUCAACACCAAUGGCACCUGGCCAGAGCUUCAAAUCAUAGACCUAGCUCACAAUAAUUUCAGUGGUGAAAUACAGGGAAUACUUUGGAGAACAUGGCGGGAAAUGAUGGCUACUGAAAAUGGUUCCUUAUCGACAAUCCUCGUUGGAUCACAUAAAAAAAGAAAACCGUUGAAGUGGAUAAGCUGCAAUGAACCUGAACAAUCCUGCCUUAGCUAUCCAAAUUCUGGUUCUUCUUAUGCACCUGAAUCUUGCUUUCCAACCAUAAGACAGUGCUAUGACGCACUGGGUGAUCUUUCUUCUGCAUAUGAUGGUUCUUCUUAUGCAGAUGAUGGUUCUUUAAAGUAUGGUGUAAGUGUAACAGUUACUAGCAAAGGUUUCGAGAUGGAACUGGUAAAGAUUCUAUCUAUCUUUACCUUGAUUGACUUCUCAAGCAACAACUUCAGAGGACCCAUACCUAAGGAAAUGGGAGAAUUCAAAUCACUACGUGUCCUUAACUUGUCCCGAAAUGCAUUCACGGGCGAAAUCCCAUCCUCAUUUGGUAACAUGCAAGUACUCGAGUCCUUGGACUUGUCACAGAACAAGCUGAGCGGGCAUAUUCCACCGCAGUUGGUGAAGCUUACCUCCCUUGCAUCCUUAAAUCUCUCAUAUAAUCAACUGAUCGGCAGGAUCCCAACCGGUAAUCAGUUUUCAACAUUUGUAAAUGACUCAUUUACAGGUAACAAAGGACUAUGGGGGUUUCCUUUGACGGUGGAUACCAAAGAAGGAUUUCCACCACCACCAACAGUGAAUGGAAGGCCUCCAAAUUAUGGACGUCAUCGUGAGGUUAAUUGGGAUCUUAUUAUUGUCGAAAUUGGAUUUACAUUUGGCUUUGGAGUUGCCAUUGGGUCACUUGUGUUGUGCAAGAGAUGGAGUAAGUGGUAUUACAGAGCUAUGUACAACAUCCUUCUCAAGAUAUUCCCUCAGCUGGAAGAAAGAAUUGGUAUUCAUCGAAGACAUGUUUACAUAAAUCAAAGGUGGUGGAGACGUUGAAUUGAUUAGGAGGAACCAUGCAAGUGUGGACUCCUUGUUAAUUAUGCCUAGGGUAUUUUAAGAUCCAAGAAAUAAGAAUUGUGUCUGCCUUUCUGGUGUGUAUCUUUUAUAUUUCAUUUUAUAUUUGUGGAAUGUAGCAAAUAUCACAAAAAAA